CUUGGGCGGCUCGGCCAUGUUGAAAUAAGUCGCUCUCAUCCAAGCUCUCAGAGCGAAGGAACUGCAGCCCGCCAUUGUGUAGAAUCCAAUCUCUAUAGAGAGACAGGGCACUUGGCUAACUCUUAGAUAGACAUUUCGUAACCCUGCCGAAUUGAUUUAAAAAAUAAUUUAAACACGCAGGCUCCAGGGAGAAAGAAAUGUCAGCCAGCAGCCUUCUCGAACAGAGACCGAAAGGCCAAGGAAAUAAAGUGCAAAACGGGACGGUCACACAGAAGGACACGUUAAAUGAUGACGAGUUUGAGCCUUACCUGAACACUCAAACCAGACAGAGCAAUGCCUACACGGCCAUGUCCGACUCCUACAUGCCCAGCUACUACAGUCCCUCCAUAGGCUUCACGUACUCGCUGAACGAGGCGGCAUGGUCUACCGGCGGAGACCCCCCGAUGCCGUACCUGGCCUCCUACGGACAGCUCAGCAACGGGGAGCACCACUUCCUGCCGGACGCCAUGUUCGGCCAGUCCGCCGGCCAGCUGGGCAGCAACCCCUUCCUGGGGCAGCACGGCUUCAACUUCUUCCCCAGCGGCAUCGACUUCUCGGCGUGGGGCAGCAGCAGCAGCUCUCAGGGACCGUCCACGCAGCAGAGCUCGGGCUACAGCAGCGGCUACGCUUACGCGCCCAGCUCACUAGGGGGCGCCAUGAUCGACGGACAGUCCCCCUUCGCCGCCAGCGAGCCGCUCAACAAGGCUGUGGGCAUGAACAGCUUGGACCAGAGCAUGGCGGAGCUCAAGAUCGGCGGCGGCGUUGGCGGCGGUGGUGGCGGGGUCGUCGGCGGGGUCAACAUGGCGCCUAAGGUGGUCGGCUCCGGCCUCCCCGGCGGACCCAUGGGCCCGGUGUCGGUUCCUCCCGCGGCUCCCCCGGUGUCCAUCGCCCCGGCCAAGCCGGCCUCGUGGGCGGACAUCGCCAGCAAGCCGGCCAAGCCGCAGCCCAAGCUCAAAAACAAGGGCGGGCUGGUGGGCGCCAACCUGCCGCCACCGCCCAUCAGGCACAACAUGGAUAUUGGCACGUGGGACAACAAGGGCACCAUGCCCAAGGCCAGCACCCCGCAGCACGUGCCCAUGCACCCCAACGGCCAGCCGCCCAAUCAGCCCUCCCCGCAGCCCGGCGCCACGGCCGGCGGGACUCCUCAGCUGCCCAUGAGUAACGGGCAGCUGAUGCACCCCCAAUCCCAGCUCGCGCCCCACCAACUCCCGCCCAAUGGCCAGCAGCAGCAUCAGCAGCAGCUGCAUCAGCAGCCCAUGGUGUCCCAGCAACAGCAUCAGCAGCAGCAGCAGCAGCAGCAGCAUCCUCCGCCUCACUCCCAGCCCCCUCCCAACCCCCAGUCCUCCCAACCCACCCGCUGGGUGCCGCCCCGUAACCGUGCCAACGGGUUCGGGGACGCCGGCGGGGGCCCGGGCCAGUCUCCUCCGAGCGCGGGAGGCGCGGGAGCCGGCGGCGUUCCCGGGAUGCCCUCCUCCGAGCCCCACCCCGUGCUGGAGAAGCUGCGCCUGGUCAACAACUACAACCCCAGGGACUUCGACUGGAACCCCAAGCAGGGCCGCGUCUUCAUCAUCAAGAGCUACUCGGAGGACGACAUCCACCGCUCCAUCAAGUACAACAUCUGGUGCAGCACCGAGCACGGCAACAAGCGGCUGGACGCGGCGUACCGCUCGCUGGGCGCCAAGGGCCCCGUGUACCUGCUCUACAGCGUCAACGGCAGCGGUCACUUCUGCGGCGUGGCGGAGAUGCGCUCGCCCGUGGACUACAACACCUGCGCCGGCGUGUGGUCGCAGGACAAGUGGAAGGGCCGCUUCGACGUGCGCUGGCUCUUCGUCAAGGACGUUCCCAACAGCCAGCUGCGGCACAUCCGCCUGGAGAACAACGAGAACAAGCCGGUCACCAACUCGCGGGACACGCAGGAGGUGCCACUGGACAAGGCGCGGCAGGUCCUAAAGAUCAUCGCCGCUUACAAGCACACCACCUCCAUCUUCGACGACUUCUCGCACUACGAGAAGCGUCAGGAGGAAGAGGAGAGUGUGAGAAAGGUGGAAGUUCAGACUGGGGACCCUUACACCAGUAACACCAACAGGGCCCACUACAGAAUGCAGGAUCGCCAGGGACGAGUCAAGUAACAGUCACCAUUUUGGGCAAAAGACUGUGAUGGCCCUGCUUUUCUCCUGUCUACAUCCAGAUCUUUUCACCAAGUCUGAGGGGGAGAAAUACCCAAGGAUUUGAAAAAAAAAAGAAGACUCUUGAUUUCUGUUGACUUAAAAGACUUGGAACUUGUAGUAAAAGAAAAAGAAGAAAACCAUUAUUCAUAGGACUUGAACGACUUAAUAAUUCUAUAGGAUCCUAGGUGAACCUCGUGUUUUCCUUUUUGUCCCACCCCUUUUCACCUUCCUGUUUCUUUGGUCCUUUUUUCUGUUUUUCCAUUUUUUUAAGAAAUCAUCUUCAGUUUUUACAGUCCAAGCAAGGCAAGGCUUUGCUUCUGUGUCACACAAAUCUAGAGAGGAGUUGUGUAGUGUUGGCUCACUACUGCCCUCUUCAGCAUGGGCAGGUUGUAUCAUUUCUUUGUAACCCCCACCAUCUCCCCAUUGGAGAUUGAAGUAACCAAUCCAGAAGCAGAGUUGGGGGUUUCUCCCAUCACUUGUAGUGGAUGUUGCAUCGUUGGGUAAUUUGACGAUAACCGUGCACAUUGUGAUCUCCUUUCAAACGUAAUUCUUUUUUUUUCUCUCUCUUUUGUCCUUUAUCACUCCCGCCUCAGUCAGAUGGCAACACGACAAGAAAUGUUUGACAUUGUCCUUUGUUUAUCUUGUGUUUAAGAGAAGGAAUUGGUUUAAGGAAAAGAUUUAAGUUGGCGUUGGUCAUUGUAUAAUUUGUAUGGUAUGCGGAAGUGUCCUUGUCGGCAGUCUUCUGAGCGUUUGGGUUCCAUUCUCCUCUCUCUUGGGCAAUUUAAAGCGUUGCCAGGGGUGCUCUCCUCCUUCAGUUUUGUUUGUUUUUCCUCUUCCGUUUCUUAAGUCUGCAUCGGGAUGGGUCUUGCUCCAAUUCUUUCUAUUAAUCAGUUCAACGUAAUAAACGUGUAUACCCAGCAGAA